AUGGGUAGCAGCCAGAACCAGGCUGGUGACCUGCUUCUUUUACCUGGGCACCUUCAGCUUGCCCUACUGCUGGAACCUGGGCCUUGGUACACUAUUGCUCCUGGCUGGAAGAUGUGGCCUUUCAAAGAAAAUCGGCCGAGUACCUGUGGAUGCUGGUCUGUAUCGCAGGGUGUGAUUGUGGUGCUGGCCUACUUGUUUGGGAGCCAGUACUUUGUGAGUGGAGCACUGAUUGACCUCAUGACAUAUCUCUGGGGCCGGCGGAAUCCAACGGCAAGAAUGCAGGUGCUGUUUUUCACCAUCCGCACGCCAUAUUUGCCCUGGGUUCUCUCUAUCCCUUCUGAUGGGAGGCUGCCUGGUCGUUCAAGUCAGCCCUGUGACGUUGAGGGAAGAACUCCGAAACCAGACGGUUUUUUUGUCCAGAACAAGAGCUCUUGGUUUCACGAUCCAUUGAUCUCCUUGAUCUUCCUGUUCCUGGCUACGGCGACUCUGCCAUCUGUGCCAUAA